AUGCAGUCUGCGUCCAAGAAGUAUGAAGAAGAGACACCUUCUCUGUACUGGGGGAUGGAUCCUGUAUUUUCUGCAUUUGCAAGACUGUAUAUUAAAGAUAUAAAAGAAAUGAGAGAAUCUAAACAAGUGCCAGGUGUAUUCUUUUAUAAUGGACAUCCAGUAAGACAGGUGGAUGUUGUCGGGAUAGUGGUUCAAAGGAAAGAGCAAGAUGCCUUUUAUAACUAUGGAGUGGAUGAUAGUACCGGAGUUAUAAAUUGUGUCUGCUGGAAAAAUCUUAUGGUAACAGAAACAUCUUUAGCAGGUCGUCCAAGCACACCCAGCAGUCUUACUGUGCUUGAACAGAUGAAGAAACUCCAAGAAAUGGUGAGCCAGAAAACCAAGCUGGAGAUUGGGGAUAUUAUCAGGGUCAGAGGUCACGUUCGAACCUACAGGCAACAAAGAGAAAUUCAGGCUUCAUGUUUUUAUAAAGUGGAUGAUCCUGUGUGUGAUGUUCAGAUUUCAAGAAUGCUGGAGCUCCCCUGUCUCUAUAGGGAAGUUUACGAUAAACCUUUCCAAGGCCCCGAGGAGGGACAGAGGUAAAUGCAGCAUCCAGACUGGCUUGGUCUGGAGGGUCAGAAUUUCUCAAUCAAUGUGCUGCAUGAGAAAGUGAAAGGCUUUCUAUUAGAAAACAAAAUUCAGACGUUUUACCAACAGGAGCUGGAAACAAUUGAUGCUCUGGUGUCACUGGCUGGUCAAACUGAGAUUUCUCACCAUCUGCUUCAUUCCUUUCUUCCCCUCCAGGUGAAGUCAAAAAGCAGCUGCAGUUCCAAAAGGAUUCACAGUGUUUUUAAGGAAGCAAUAAGGAUGCUACAAGAAAAAGGGGUGAUUUUCCAGAAACCUAGUAGCUCCAAGGACUUAUACCAUGUGACUGACCAUGAUAAGGAGCUGCUUAAAGUGACCCUUGAGGUGAUUAAAGAUGACUGUCGAAAACCCAGGCAUGCUGAAAAAGGCUGCCAUUUCCUUCAUGUCCUGAGUUGUGUUCGGCAGAGCUACCACCCCUCUCUGGCUGAAGUGGUGAUGCACCGUGUCUUGGAACUGCUGGAGAGUAACAGUGAUGUUGUCAGCACUAUGGAAGGAUAUUAUAUGGCAUUUUAA